AUGCCGCUCGAGUUCGAACUUUGUCCAGGAAGAAAGAUCGGGGGCUCAAACCCCUGUUUCAUCAUCGCAGAGAUCGGUCAGAACCAUCAAGGAGACAUUGAGAUUGCAAAGAAAAUGAUUCGCAUGGCUAAGAGCUGUGGUGCUGACUGCGUGAAAUUCCAGAAGAGUGAGCUCGAGCACAGGUUCACCAAGCGAGCGCUCGAGCGCUCCUACUCUUCUCCUCACGCGUGGGGAAGCACGUACGGGGCACACAAGCGCCACCUAGAGUUCAGUCAUGAACAGUACAGGGAGCUGCAGAGCUUCUCACAGGAAGUGGGGAUUUUCUUCACCGCCUCCGGGAUGGAUGAGAUGGCUGUAGAGUUUCUGCAUGAAAUCAACGUCCCCUUCUUCAAAGUCGCCUCAGCAGACACCAACAACAUUCCUUAUCUGGAGAAGUUGGCCAAGAAAGGUCGUCCCAUGGUGAUCUCCAGUGGGAUGCAAUCAAUGGAGACCAUGCGCUGUGUUUAUCAGAUGAUGAAGAAGCAGAACUCAGAAUUCACCUUCCUGCAGUGCACCAGCGCGUAUCCACUGCCUUUGGAGCACGCCAACCUGCGCAUCAUCAACGAAUUCCAGAAGGAAUUUCCAGAUAUCCCAAUUGGUUACUCAGGACAUGAAGGAGGGAUCAGUGUGUCUCUGGCUGCUGUAGCUCUGGGAGCAAAGGUUCUGGAACGCCACGUGACCUUGGACAAAAGCUGGAAGGGCAGCGAUCAUGCGGCGUCACUGGAGCCAGCUGAGUUAGAAGCUCUGAUACGAGAGAUCCGGACUGUGGAAACGGCGAUGGGAUCUCCAGUCAAACAAAUGCUGCCCUGUGAAUCCUCCUGCCACAGCAAGUUGGGGAAGUCUGUGGUGGCGAAGAAGGCACUGAAAAAAGGAACCAAUUUAACCCUUGAGAUGCUGGGAGUGAAAGUAGCAGAACCACCAGGAAUCCCACCAGAGAACAUCUUCAAGCUGGUGGGGAAGACCAUCCCAGUGGACGUGGAGGAAGACGACACCAUUACAGUCAACAUGAUCAAACUCUGAAGCCUUCACGGGCAUUUAUUAAUAUUUCAGACAUGAAUCUUUUUUUAUUUUUUGGUGAAUGUAAGUGUGCAGGUUUUUGGUGAAGGUUUCAGAUUCUGAUGAUUCCCCGUCUGAACCAGUGGUGGGUUUAAGGUGGAAAAUGUAUUACAAAAACAUGUUGCUGUGAUUUUGUCAUUUCAGUGAUUGUGAAAGAGCUUUAAUAUAUUGAGAAAAUAUUAAAUGAUAUAUUUACUGAACUCAAAUAAAAAACUUUAAAAUUUCAAA